AUGAUGCUUUGCCACAUAGUAGGACUUCAUGGAAACCAAGAAACAAAGGCAUCUACUAUGUUGGACCACUCCCAUUCUUGCUUGCACAACAUUGAAAAAGCUCAAGGUCAGUUAGGAUUGGUCUCAUUGGUUGAAGACGUUGAUUUGAUACAAUACAAAGAUGAAGAAUAUGUUGACUACGUUAAAGAAAAAGAAAAAGGAAAACAAGUUGAAAAAGAUGCAGAUACAAAAGAAAAUGAUGACAUUGGUGCAGAGAAUUAUUGUCUUUUGAUAGAAAGUGAGUUUAAAACCAUUUUGGAGUGUAGAAACAGAAUUCAAAAAACAUUGGAGCAUGCACUUCAAAAAUAUCCAGAUGAUAGAGAACUAUGUGGAUGGUUUGAAAGGUUUGUGAACAUUGAAAAAAUGUUUAACAAAGACAUUGGUGAAUCAUCAAGAUCAAGAGAAAAAGAAAAUGAAAAUGAGACAGGUGAAAAAGAGUUUGAAGAUCGGUUAGAAACAGAAAAAGGUGAAGAAUAA